AUGGAUGAUCAGCUGAGUUCUUUAAUUUUAUGUUAAAAGAAUAUCCAAGAAUUAUUUACUCUUAAUUAGAGAUUAGAAAAAAAAUUAGAAUUACAAGAUAAUAAAAUAUCUUCAAUUUAAUUGUUAGUUGCUUAAAGAAAUGAAGAUCUUUUGUUGAAUAUAGAGAAAUAUACACCUCUUAAAUUAUUUAGGGAAGAAAUUACUUAUCUAAGGAAUUUCUUAGAACAAAAAACUAAAGCAUUUUAAAAUCAAUUCGAUUAAUUACAAUAGUAUAAAAUGUUCUAAAAUAUGAAAGAUAAUAAACAAGACAGAUGUAAAUUUUGAAAGAGGAAAAUUAACAACAUCAUCAAACUGCUAUUGAGAAGGUUUCUCGAACAACUAAUACAGUUUUAUUUUAAAUGGAAUAAAUUGAAAAAAAAAUACAUUCAGAAACAAUUAUUAUGGUAGAAGAAUUAACAAAAAAAUCAGGUGAAAUGGAAUAAAAUAUCAUGAAAUUAUUUUAACAAAAAUAAAAACUAUUAGAAAAGUUAGCAUUAAGUUAAGAAAGUUCUAUUGCAAAAAUAAAUGUAUUUGAAAAUACUUUAAAUUAACAACUUUCAACAAUUUCAAAAAUAUAAUAGACAGCUUAAAAAUAAACUCCAAAUUAUAGUGUUAGAAAAUUAACAUUUGAUAAUAAUGAGGUUCCGAUUGAAAUUUUGAAAAGAUAAGAAGAUGUUUUAAAUUAUAUGACAGCAAGUAUAAAAAACAUAGAAAAGAGAUUGGGAGAAACUGAAUAAAAACCAAAAUUAAAAAGAGAAUUAAGUUUUGAUUAAUUUUCUGUUUAGUGGUCAUAACAAAAACCUAAUUAUUAAUAACAUUCUUCUUUACCUGCUAGUUCAAUAAAACCAAUAUUAAUAAAAGAAGAGUAAGGUAGUGAAGUUAAUAACAAUAAAUCAUCAAGAAGUGAAUAUGAAAAGACUUCUAGAACUGAUUUGGCUUAAAAUAUAGCAGAACCAUUACCAUCUGAAAUAAAAUCUCCAGCUACACAAUAAAAUAGAGAUAUAUCAAAAAUGCCAUUAUUAAUAAAAAGUUCACCAAAUCCAAUAACAGCAAGUCCAAUACCUAAUUUUUAUGAUGAUGUUAGAAUGAAAUAAGAAUAUGAAAAGAAAAUGUAAUAGAUUAAGAUAUAAGAAGAAUAGUAAAGAUAAUCAAGGAUUAAAUAAUAAUAAGAAUAUGAAAAAUAACUUUAAAAUUUAAAAAAAUCAUAAUCUUAAAUUUCUAAUGAUAGUUCUAUGAUUAAAAACGAUAGUUAUUUUUUUAAGUAGGAUUAAUCAUUAAACAGAAAUGAUAGUUAAGAAAUAAUUAAAGUAAAUUGAAUAUAUAUAUUAAAAAUAGUCUUAAGGUGGUUUACGAUCAUUGAUGUAAAAAUCUAAAGAUAGAGAUUAAUAACUUUAAACAUCUUAAUCGAAAUAAAAUUUAAAUCUUUCAAAUUAAUAAAAGAAAUAUUCAUAGUUAUAAUCUAAAGAUUAAUUAGGUCCACUUAAGAAUUAAAAUGUUGCAACAGGAGGUAGAAAAUCUCGAAGUAUAAUAUAUUUAUAUAUUAUUUAGCAAGCCAAAUGAGAAAUCUGGCAUAAUAAUAAAAACAUCAUUAAGAUUAAAGUGCUGAAGAAAUAGUAUAUUAAUUAGAUGAAGAUGGAUAUCUUAUGGAUGAAAAUGGAAACUAUUUAUUAGAUGAAAAAGGAAAUUAUAUUUAAAUAUCUGAUAAAGAUUUAGAAGAAUUAAAGAAAUAAAACUUAGUAAUUGAAUAGGAAUGA